CUCGUCAUGGUUAGCCUCGCUGCCUGGCACCAGCGGCUCAGUGCGCGUUCACGCUUCUGCAGGAACCGGUACCGUGAGUAAAGAGUCGGGGACAGAAACACCGACACGGGCGUCGGUUGCUUUGUCCCUUUCAUUGUUAAUAACAGCACUGACACACACGGUUCUUCUCCGGCGCUGAGAGGCGAGCUCACCGGGGACAGAGCCGACCCAGUGGCCGACAGACCGCAGUGUCCGGGCGGGCAGGAGCACCGGGACGAGCCGGGGCCUGGUUGGUGUCAUGGGGAAUCUGGCGCCGACAGCUUUUCUCCGGACUGAUGACUCGACGCCUGAACAAGGCAGCGGAGGGAGGUUCAUGACCCGGAGGAUCAGGAACAGCAUCACUUAUUAUCACGCUGCGUUUCCAGAGGCAGGUCACCAGGUACAGCUGUGUCCAGCCAAAGAGUCUCAGAGCCCCCCCGCUCUCCCCCUCAGCGACUCCCCCUCUGCAGACUCUCCCUCCUCCCCGCUGCUCUCUGAUUCACCCUCGCACACGACCGCCUCCCCCCCCGGCCAGUCACAUGCCCGUCCGCUUCUUCUUUUCUUCCCCUGGCUCGGUGCCCGGCCGGCGGCGGUGGCCAAGUACAGGGACCUCUACCUGACCCGUGGCCUCGACGUCCUUGUGGUGCAGAGCAGUGUCGCGCACUUCCUGUGGCCUCGAUGGGGCCUCGACUACGGGUUGGAGGUGUUGCAGGUUCUGGAGGAGCCUCAGUUCUCGGGGAGGGAGGUGCUGGUCCACUCGGCCUCCAUCGGCGGCUACACUUUCACCCAGGUGCUCGCCCAAAUCGCUCAGGGGCCCAAACAGCACGCAGGCCUGGCCCAGAGGGUGAUAGGGCACGUCUACGACAGCUUGGUGGUCGGCACCCUGGAGCACAUGGCGACAGGCCUCGGCAAAACUCUGGUGCCGCGUUUCGAGGGCUUCGUCAAAAACGCGGCCAUGUUUUACUUCUGGCUCUUCAAGUCCCACACGGCAGACUUUUACAGCAGCAGUAUCCAGGUUUUCCGCAACAGUCCGAUAACCACGCCGGCCCUCUUCUUCUUCAGCGAGGACGACGCCCUUUGCGACUGGGCUGCCGUGGAGAACACUAUUGACCUCUGGAGGAAGAGAGGCGUGGCCGUGGAGAGCAGGAAGUGGAAGGAGUCGACACACGCGGCGCACAUGCGGUGCCACCCGCAAGACUACCUGUCCACGCUGGACGGAUUCCUGAAGUCACUGCCGACGCUCUCCCUCAAAUCACAAGUGGAAGAUGCGUUGUGAUUUCCAAUUGAUGAAUUUUAACCUUGCACCUUGAACAACGAUAGUUUCUUUAGCUGUUUGACUUUGUUGUUUGUUGAUUCUAGUAUUUAAUGUAUUUCUGUGGAGCAUUUGUCAUCUGAUGUUUGUUUUGCACAACAAGGUGUUGUCUGGAGCCUGUAUCAUGCUAAUCUUAACAAUAAUAGUAUAUCUGUGUUAUUAGGAGCAAACCAUCCAUUCACGGAAUUCUGAGGUGAACUGGGGGAAGAUGAAGAUGAAGGCUAGAAUAUGGUUCCUCUUCCUCGAACCUGUCAGAAGUCUGGCCGUAGCAUUUUGAUUUAAGUGCAGGUAUUGUUUUAACGGUCCUUUGAAUAUGUUUUUCUGAUGAAUGGAAAUGUUAUGAAAUUUUAUUUAAAAAGUGACAUGUAUUCCAGUGAUGUCAAACUGUUUCUACAGUUAAAGAGAGGGAAAAAGUACUUAAUACCUGACGGCAGCAAUAUUACUCUACUGGCUUAUGUAUAUUUAUUAAUCUUUGUUAUUUGUUUAAUUGUAAAACAUCUGUUUAUGUACGGAUUCUAUGAGAGUGAUGACAACAAGACCAGAGAAAUUUGGACAACGCACUGAUCUCACUUAUUGGCCGACGCCCCUUAUUGCUGCAUGCACAUCAGAAGCAUGAAUGAUGAAAUGAAUAUGAUAUGUGAUGCACAGACAAAAUAGAUGUGAUUGUUUGGGCUUUUGUAAUCAUGGAAAUAUAUAUUUGCAGUGUGUGCACUAUUUUUCUAAUAAAAGAUAGUAGUUUUCCAAUCAUUA